UGCUUAUCUCAGGCAGGCACUGCUAUAAUGAUCUAUUUGGUCAUGUACAGAAAAUGAGCAGGAAAAGACUGCAUUGUCCUCGUGCAGCAGGUGGACGCGAAAAAACUGACGCGUCAGCGGACGCCAUGAUGCUGUCAUCGCCGUUGGCGAAUCACCGCCGCGAGCAGUCAAUCAUCCGUUGUACGUUUAGCUCGCGUCCCCCGAAACGCGACACAAAAAUGACGAAAUGGACGUAUCGAGCUGUGGCAGCGCCUGUGGUGAGCGCUGCGAGGCAAAUGCCAAGAAGUAAAACCCACGAGAACGGCUAGGGCCCUAAUGUCGCUCGCCGCACACAGGAGCAUUAACUUAGAUCUAUUGAAGAGUAGCCCUCUCCUACCAGUGCCAGCGGAGCUCCCCGACCGACCGGCAGAACAGACGGCGGAACAGAUCGCAAACGUGGAACGAACAAGGUGCUGGUUUAUUGUCGCAUGCGGCCUCCAAUUGAGGCAGACCACUGCGGCGACGAAGACGUCUGCACGAGAAACGACAAAAAUAUAGAGACAAAUGAUGCCACCUUGUUUUUUUUAUGGCCUCGUCAUAUGUGUCGCAUCAGCUAAACAAUAACAUUGAUCGGUAGGUCGUUUGCUUGUCUUAAGCGCUGCUGCCGAUGACAGAAUAGGGUAGUAUCAGAAAGCGCUGAGUCAAGACGAAGAAGAUUCUGAAGAGCUUGUUUCGCAAGUUGUGGUACAAGCGGGAUUCUCUUACACUACGGUUUAGGCUAUAAUGACCCUUUGAACAAUUCAGAAACAACUCCUGUUUAUCGGUGCUGCUGCAUCCAGAACAAGCUACAAUCUGUUCAUCGAGCUUAUGUUAUUUUGUGUGUGUGUGCGUACAUCUUGUUGUUACUCGUGUGCUUUCUUUGGAUAUAGAAUUAUACAGAAAUAAAUAGUGGUAUAAAGCAGGAUUUCCUAGCUAACAGUUUUCAUCGCGAGGUCUUAAGUGGUCAACGGGUUGUGAAUAGCCUGUGGACAUUGUUGUGGGCGUGUUUCCGAUUUGAUGUAGUUGUAUACGAUAGUCAAUCGGGCUCUUGACAAUAGGGCGAUACAUCUUCAAGGGUGCGAGUAGAACUGAACGACGCCUGCGAUUGAAAACCAAGCAGUAAACGAGAAUACUGGAGUCCCAUUUCAGUGCUUCCGCCAGAAUGCCGCUGUUCUCCUCACUUCUUGGCCGUCGGCGAGAUGCGGACACAGAGGAACUAAAUUCAGGAAAUGGUUCCCAUCCGGAUGUGUUCGAUCGGGAUCGGGCUGCUGCCGACAGACAUUACCGAAAUGCGCCGCCUUCGCCUCCGCCAUCUAAAUUGGUGUUUCACUGCCAGCAGGCGCAGGGCUCACCCACAGGGAUCAUCUCCGGCUUUACAAACAUCAAAGAGCUCUAUUCGAAAAUCGCCGACUGCUACGACAUCCCUGUGUCCGAGAUACUAUUCUGUACUCUAAACACGCACAAAGUGGAUAUGUCGAAACUGCUAGGAGGUCAGAUCGGCCUCGAAGACUUCAUAUUUGUUCAUCGCCGUGGGCAGGUUAAAGAAGUUGAAGUACACAAACAGGAUGACUCCUUGGGCCUUACCAUUACCGACAAUGGGGCGGGCUUCGCGUUCAUCAAACGCAUUAAGGAGGGAUCCCUUAUGGACAAGAUUGGCUUUAUACAGGUUGGAGACCACAUUGAGCGUAUUAACAGUAACUCAAUGGUAAGCUGUCGCCAUUUCGAGGUGGCCAAGGCGCUCAAGGACAUCCCCAAAGGAGAGACGUUCGUGAUGAGGCUAGUUGAACCUCUUAAGGCUGGAUUUGCAAACAUCGGCCCACGGAACAGUAGUUCCCUGAAAAAAUCCCAGGGCUACGGAUCGGGAAAGGAGACGCUUCGCCUCCGGUCAAAAGGUCCGGCGAGUCUCCAAGAUGCCCCGGAUGAUGUGAUGCAGUUGGCGAUCGAUAAGUUGAACGCAUGCCUCGAUUCAUUUAUGGGUAUCUCGGACGCAGAAUUGGCGACACAGAUCUGGGAGCUAGCUGUCGCGUCCGGCCAAAACCCGCAUCAAUUCAUCGAAGCGUUGGAACAAUCGGAUCUCGCUGCUUUCGGUUUCACGCAAGACUUUAUGCUCGACCUUUGGGGAGCGAUUACCGAUGCACGUAGUGGCCGGGGCCAAAUCAAUUCGAACGGCAAAGGAAAAAGUCCGCCAAUGUUCUGAGUUGUCGGUUACUAACCCUAUUAGGUCAAAACGGAAAAAGUGUUUUCGUUGAAAAAAAUUGCAUUCGUGCUACACUAUCGUAGGUUGGAGAUUAUUGCGAAAUACAAAGGACGGCAUUGGCGUACUUACUUAUAUAUAGUCGAAGGAUUUUCAGCGAAACGAAAAAACCUUGUGAGGCAUAUUUUAAGCAAUUAGAGGCUCACAACCAGUUGGUUGAUAUGUGCUGUCACCGUACAUUGUUUUGAUGAAAUCGAAUUUUCGAGCCUUCCUAAUUUUGCCUAGAGCUCUCUAUCGACAAUGAGUCAAGGGUGGGCUAUUAUAGUAUCAGGACAUGGCGAAUUUUUUUUCACUACGAUUGAUUUCAAUUAGUAGUAGUAGUGAUUAGACAUUUUGUCGUCUUAAUUGAACAAGGAAAAGCAAGAGCUUGCGCAGAUAACCCAACAACAAUGUACACUGACACCAAAGCAACAAAAAAUAGUAUUUUUACCUAAUAAUCCAUGAAUAGAUGAAGGUAUCUUUGAAACUAGAUAAAGGCUUCGAGAAACAGAGUUUAGAAAAAUGUGUAAGAUUUCACUAGAGGCGCGGUUCACCCUCAGCUAUUAGUCGUAUACGUCCGCUGUAAUACAACGUUAUAAACCUAUACAAGCACUUAAGCCAAAAAAUUCAAAACAGAAGCAGAAUAUGAUAACUAUGUUUAACGUUACGUAUAUAGUGACUUCUCCUGCUGAUUGAUUUUCGUAUUUUUACAUAAGAUAAUUAUAAUGCAACAAUGCAAUAAUGCAAAUUACACUACUAUGAACUGUAGCUAAAAUAGCCCGCGUUAUGGAGCAUAACAAGAUCCAAACAAAAACACUGUUCCUUAAUUUUUUAUGAUCGCGAUUUUUUCCCGCUUUUUUAGCCACGGAGAUUAAUUCUAGAACACGAAAAUGGUUGGCGAGACCCAUUCUAUGAAGGACACGGUAGCCGAUAGGGCGGGCGAAUACCAGUACACCGAUAACGCAAACUACUGAAUUCAGCGAUAUGCACCUUAUCAACUUUGUCCGAAACAUUUUUAAAACGUUUUCUUAUUUUCUUUUUUUUUUCUUGUUGAUUCUAAUAAGUGUUUCAUAAGCUGCUGAAACCGCACCAUCUUCUCGACAAUUGUAUAUACAGAGCACAUCAUAUUUUAUCAUGCUUAUCUAUCUAAGAGUGACGCAGUGCGAAGACUGCAGACUGAAAGCUCCAUCUAUAGCUAGUCACGAUCGAGAACUACGUAAAAACAACAACAAAUUAAUAUUAUUGAAUUAUAGCAUGUGUAUCAGUGUAAUGUUUAUUAAAGUAAAAAUAAUAAAAUGAUCUAAUGUUCAU